AUGGAGUUCCCAUUGAUUUUGCCAACAGAUAUUUACAAGGCUCGAGGGUCUAAAGGGCAUACUCCCCAUGUAAUGCAGUCACCGUUUGCAGGCAUGCGUAAAGCAAACAAUAAUAAUAACAACAACAACAACAUUAGCAGCAACAACAAUAACAGCAGCACUUCUGGCCAUGGAACAAAUAACCGCCAAAACAACUUUGAAUCGUUCAACAUGUUUAACGGAUAUAACGAAAAUGAUGAAGUUUUGCCUCACGAGGAAGUUCCUCCAGAGCCGCUAAUGCCAGGUCCUCAGCUCGAAGGCUUGAUUGCACCUCCUGGACUAGAUGGGUCUGUGACAAGGUCAGCUUUUGGUGCUCCCAAAGCUCGUAGGUCUCCUCUAGUUUUAUGGACCCCUUCGCGCAAUGCUUGUGGAUUAAGUGCUCAAGCAAUAACUGAAAGCAGGUUCAACCGGUGGUACUAUAUGGCUACGCUACGGACGUUUGGAUUUGACUACUUGAAGCCUCCUGGAGUACCCAAAACACUUAAGACCAUGCUGGAGGAAGAAGAAAUGAGUGAAAUGGGCGAGGAAAGUUUGGAUCUAGAUGUAGGAAUGAUGCAAGUACCUGGAGACAUGCCGACUGAUGGACUUGUGCAAGGCCCAGAAAUUUUGGAGGACCAGGCCAUGGAAGUAGUACCGGACAUAAGCAGAGGUUCUAUAACAUUUGACGAUGCGCGACAACCCGGCAUGAACAACAAUAUUAUCCUGAAUAAUUUGGAAGAUGAAGGUAUUGAAGAACCUAAUGCAGAAGAGGAAGAAGAUGCAGAGGAAGAGGCAGAUUUAGAUGCAGAAAUUGAGGAAGCAGAGGAAUUUAACUACGACUAUUCCGACGAUGAAUAUGACGAAGGCGAGUAUGAGGGCCCCCUAUUUGACGACGAUGAUUACCAACAAGAUGAUUUUGAAGAAACACAUCGUACUCCGCAAACACAGCCACGAACGUCAAUGACGCCAGCAACUACAGGAGCUAACGCAAGUUUCAUACGGCACACCCCGCACCAUCCUAACGAAGAAGAAUACUCGUUUGAUGAAGAUACAGAGCGCAGCUUUUUCUAUGGGAGUCACGCAAGUGGUGCUGGGGGUAGUACAACGGCAGCGGCAGCGGCGGCAGCAGCAGCAGCAGCAGCAGCCAACCACGGAUACUUUCCAUCUUCGUCAUCAUCUUCAUCGCUACACAGACCAAUUAUGCACCAUCAGGGUGGUGGCACUGGCAGUAACGGAAAUAGCCAUACGCGCGAGAGCUCGGCAAUGGAGUUCGAUUUCUCCAAUUCAUUGAGCAGUAGUCGGUUUGACUUCAUUGCGGAGAGCACGGCUCGGUCUCUUCUCCCAGGAGGCACCCGCAGUGCUAAUCAAUCGCUUGAUUCUGAUCACCCAGAUGCAUCGGCAGAGGCGGCCGAACCACGAAUGCUACCGCGAAUGCUACCACCUGUGCAAUACUCUCGACCUUCAUUGAUAACGGUACCACCACUUGGACCUCCGCCUCUGCGACAGUCGUCUGGCGCAGAUCCAGAAACGCCGUACUCCUUGACGAUUCGCUCAGGGUCGCUCACACCCCCUCCAAUUCUUUCUGUGGCUGCAGCAGCAGUGACUGCAGCUGCAGUGUUUCCAUCAACAUCCAACAGACCAGCUUCGGAAGUAGCAGUGACUGCAGCGGCGUCCUCGGGCCAGCCAGCCUUGCUGGGCGCGAACGGCGCUGAAGCGGCACUGGGGUUUCCCACGACGGUAUCAAGACGCGGCAGUCGACGGGUAAGCUCGCGGUUCGAUUCUGAGUAUGGCAUAGGGCCCGAGUCACCAGAAACACCUGGGCGAACGCAGCCGCCGCCUGGUGCAGCGGUACAUCGACGAUAUAGUAGACUGUUUUUUGCAAAUCCGUACCGGCGUGGGGAUGGUGAUGAUGGGUGGAGUAAUAAUAGCAACGGCACAACACCAACUAGUACCAUCAACAAUAAUAAUACGGCUGCGAUAAUAACUAAUGAUGCCGUAUCUGGACAUCACAAUGAUAACUCUUUGGGAGCCGGACAUGACGAGCAUUCUGGAUCUCACAGCUUGAGCAUUGGGAACAUGACAAGCAAUGCUUCGGUCGAGAUGCAGUCUACACCCAUCUUGGGACCUGCUACAGGCGGCGUUUUGCAGCAAACACACUCAGCUGGGGGUCUGCGUGUUUCGGAAGAUGAGGAAUCCGAUAUGAGCGUUGACGACUGA